UUUAUUGUUCGCUGUGUUAUUUUCAGUGAUGGCGGCGUAGAGUGAAAACUUGUAAAUUCUAUCGUCCUUGUAAACUGGUCGCUGGAUCGCUGAAAACGAAGCAAUUGUCGAAUCAUUUUCUGUUUUUUAUUUGUUUGCCUUUUAUUUGCCUUUUUGUAAGGUGCUUUCAUGGUUUCCUAGCCACCCGUGAAUGCGCCAUUCAUCAGAACGGCAGCGAUUGAGGCGAGGCAUACAAGCAAUAUCGUAUUAACCUGUUGGGAGAUUGAAUAUUCAGGUUAAAUAGAUUUUGCCAACAGAUUCAUUGUAUUGACUGUUGUAAACGCUAAAUCACGCUAUACAUAACCGCGAGCUACUUUGUUGGUUAUGAUUUUUCCAAAGCCGUUCUCUAGAGACGUUCUGCAUACAUCAUAGUCGCUUUCUAUAUGAGUGUAUGGCAAUUGUGCUGUACUGCAUAUUAGGUAGCGCUUCGUUGAUCCUACAAAGUUCCAGUGGAUCAGACACAAAUUCUUUGCGAGCUAAAGUGCAAACAGAAGUGAAAAGAACGAGGCUGACAACAUUCUACCACGGUGUUAAAUGGUAAUGCAUGCCAGAAAACCGCAACGUUUGCUAAGUGAUGGGUAUCACCAGUCUCAUCAGUAUCAGAAUUCUAAAUAUGGUUCCUCUAAGCGGGACUACGAACGUGAGACUACUUCUCGUUCCACAAGCUAUGCACGGGACCGAGACAAUUCGCCUACCGGAGGAUCGUUAAAUGGUAUUGUUCAAUACAUGUUUAUAUUAAGAACAGUUCGGCUUAUCUCUAAACUCAUCUUAUGUUAUCUCCUUUAUUUCGAAGAUUCGCCUAGAGAUCGCGAAAGAGAACGUGAUCGUGACCGUGAAAGAGAGCGAGAACGGGAUCGCGAUCGAUAUCAAUCUUCAGGAUACACAAUGAGUAAGCUACGCGAAAAGGAACGCGAUCGAGAAUACAAAAAAGAUAAAUAUGCAGAUUGUUCCCGAUCACCCAAAAGAGGUCGCAGUGAACGAGAUGUUGAUCAUCGCACGAUACACGAUAGAAGAUUUAAAAUAACGUCUUCGAUUUUGGAUAAACGUGGAACAUCCAGUGAUGACCGUGAACGUGAAAGGGAACGUGAACGAAUUGAAAGAGAUAGAGAACGGGAACGCGAUCGGGAUCGUUUACGUGAUCGUGAACGUGACAGAGGUAGCGGCAAUAUCACUAGCAGCAAUGCUGCUGGCGGUAACAGUAUUGGAGUGCUGGGCAGCAUUUCUGCGACCAUAAUUGCGGGAGCGCUGAACAGUGGAAAUGUUGGUGGCAGCAGUAGCAGCAGCAGUAGCAUGCUCAAUGCUUGUGCAAGUAUUAGUGCAGGAAAUGCAAGCAGCAGCGUAGGCGGCAAUAACAUUUCCGGAAAUAUUGUUAAUCAAAGUAAUGAUCGAGACCGUGUAAGUCGUGUUGGAGAUUGGAGCGAACAUGUAAGCUCGUCUGGCAAGAAGUACUAUUAUAACUGCAAAACAGAAGUGUCACAAUGGGAGAAGCCACGUGAAUGGAUUGAGAAAGAGAGCCGUGUUUUAGGUAAAGAUCAACAGCGGGACUAUCGCGAAAAAGAACGAGAGCGUGAGAAGGAACGGGGAUGCGAACGAGAGCGAGAUGAUCGCUAUUCAUCAACCACUGUUAAUCGUUCAUCCGCUUCAGCAUAUGGAAAGCAUUCCGGUAGCAGUAGUAGCAGUAGUAGUAAAAAUAAUUCUCGAGGACGAUGGCAGCAUCACGAAUCUUCAUUAUCCUCUCAUAGACGUCGAACUUUCGAAGACGAAAAUCAGGACAUGGACAUCAGUCCCGGCGAUUCUACGCCUACGUCCGAAGCAAGCUACUCUCAUUCGAGUACACCGAAUGCUGGUCUUACACAGAUAGGAUCCCAGCAUUCACAGACAAACCAUGGCAUUGGGGGAGGUAAUAACAGCACUCAUACAACAACGAUUGCAGUAUCCAGUAGUGGCACGCCGUUAUCAUCAUCCGUAGUUGCACUGAACAACAAUAUAAGUAACAAUAGCGGCGUCCUGACGGAGGGAGCAAACCACAAUCUGACGGUCCAUUUGCCAAGAAUGCUAACAAACUCUGGAGUAAACCAAAUUGGUUUAUCAAACAACACUCACGCAGCGUUAAAUCAGCAAUCACAGCACAAUUCUACCCCCUCAUCGAAUUCUUCGUCAUCCUCAUCAUCUGGCACCAGUAUAUCGUCCCCAUCUUUGCAUCAUACCGUACACAGUGCCGGCGGUACUGCUGCUUCGGUAUUAGCGUGUGCCCAGGCAAGUCCAGCCGAUGGUGGGAUGUUAAGUUCUAAUGCUCCAGGACCUCCAUCAUCGAUAACGACCUCACAACCACACAACGUUUCUCUUUCGCUGGCGCAGCAGCAGGGUGCUACAAUUGUUCAGCAGCUGUCUCAAGUGCAACAACAACAAUCGAUACAUUCUCAACAGUUAGUUCAAUCCUCUAUCCAGGUGUCGUCUGCUGGCAGUGGGACAUCGAUCAGUGUAACAACGUCGUUAGCAGGGCUGCCUAAAAUACUUUCUCAAAUUACGGGAAACAAAUCUAUUGAACACAACGACCUCAAUCCACAGAAAGCUUUACAAACGAUUAAUAAUGCGUUAAUGAUGCAGUCUCGGCAACAUAAUCACGGCACUUUGCAUGACAUCAGCGGGAACAGCUCAACAUUGAUUAAUAUAAGAGACCACGCAUUACAAUCACCACUCUACAAUGUAUCUAAUUUAUCACACCCGGUCCAUUCGACGUCGCUUUCCGUUGGAACUGGAACAAGUUUGAAUCAUAGUACACACCACAAUCACUCAGCUAAUAGUCAUUGUAGUAGUCAAUCGAAUAUGAUGCACAACAUUGGUUUAGUAGGCUGCAGCAGCGGCGUUAACACAAUUCUUACAGGCGAUGGACCGCCAACACCUACGCAGGAAUUAGAAUUGCCGUUAGUAGAUCAUAGAAAAUUAGACGGAUUGGGCAGUACAGUAGUAACGACUACUACGACGAGUUCCGUAAGCAGUUUGCAAAGUGUCAUGGCGUCGUCUCAAUGUGGUCGAUCCCAGGGCCCUAAUCUAACGCCUAGUCUAGCAAAAUAUUUCCGAGCCGAUCUUAUAUCUCAUGUUACUGGAUGGCCGUCAGAAAUAUUAGAAAAAACGAUUCAAAAACUUUCCGAAGAGGCACAUAUUUUAGGGGAUUUACAGUGCAGCAAAGUAUCCGCAGAAUUGAAAUGUGCCAGAAGUUUAGUUAGGAUAACCGAAAUAACUGCAACACUGCAGGAACAAAAAAUAAUGUAUCUACGCCAGCAAAUCCGUAGACUAGAAGAAUCCAAAUCGGAAAACUCAUUCAUGUCAUCAGAUGAUCUAUAGCAUAGAGGUAAAAGCAUUGAACGUAUGUUCAGCCGGAUAUAGGAGUGCAAAGAGCAUGAGAAGCCGAAUAUGCGGUUAAAAAAUUGUAAUUCAAUUAAGAAAGAUUUUAAUGUAAGAAAUAAUAAGCAGUCAGAAACCAUAACGAUGAAAACAUUCAACUGAUGUGCUUAUAAAUA